CUGUCUCCUCCUUCGCCAUCCAAAUUCCCAACCGACUCACCGCGGAAGAACGGCAGCUUCUACUCCAUGUAUCAUCAAGUUGCUCCCAAAGUGGAGCGCCCACUCUACCCCUCGCACCCACCGACAUACGAUAAAGAGAAUGUGUUUGAGGGAGCCUCUUUCGGAGAGCUGCCAUAUCCUGAGCCCGACUAUGGCUACAAAGCACCCCUCAAACGCACGUCUAUCGACUCCCGACCUCAGUAUCCGAGCAUCAAGAAGUUCAAGGCUGCCGGUGAAGACAGCUUUGAGCUGCCACGCCCGCAAGACAUGCCCGUGCUCACCGAUGACGGCAAAAAGCCAGCUCACAGCUAUGCGGAACUCAUCGGCAUGGCCAUUCUCAGAGCUCCGAACCGUCGUCUGACCCUCGCCCAGAUCUAUAAGUGGAUCUCAGAUAACUUCCGCUUCUACAGAGGAUCUGAAGGUGGAUGGCAGAACAGCAUUCGACACAACCUCAGCCUUAAUAAGAACUUCAUCAAGCAGGAGCGACCAAAGGAUGACCCAGGCAAGGGCAACUACUGGGCCAUCAAGCCUGGCGAGGAGCGCCCUUUCCUGAUGGGCAAGAAGCAGCCAGUGAGGAAGAUCAUCAACCCAGAUGGCUCAUCCUACACUCACGGCCUACCCAUGCCUCCCUCUUCGGAUCCAGCAGGCUUCCGUUCAGCCAGUACUCCUGCCAUUAGCAACUUCACCGUUGGUCCACAUUCAUCGAGAAAGCUUGAGACCAAGGACAUCGAUUCUGCCAAGUUUCCAGACGAGACCGAGCUGUCGUCUGACGCCACGAUCCCAGCAUCUGACCCAGCGCUUCAAGAAGACGAGAAGCAUGACGAUGCCGCCGCUAUGCCGCCGCCGCCUCUUCUGAUGCGAUCUUCGCCUCCACCAGCAGAUAUUGGCUCAUCACCUCCAACUAUGCAUGCAAAUUUGAACGGCACGCCUGAGCCUGAGCCCCGCAUUCCACUAUCAAGCAGAUCUGGCGGCCGUCGACGCAAAUUCGCAGGCAUGAACGAUAGCGGAUACUGGUCAUCAAUCGAGUCAUCUGCUGCCCGCGGUGCAUCUCACCAGCUGGCCAGCGAGAACGAGGUCCGGAGCCAUCGGAUCAAGAAGGGACGUGCAGAAGCAGAGAUUGCACGUAUCCGCAGCUCAUCCUUUGACAGCCCAAGCAAGGACCAACAUCGCUACCAGCCACCUCCUGGUAGCUUCGGCUCUUCGCCAUCUCACAAGGACGACAACCCACUCACCCCGGCUGUUCUCUUCAAGCGACCAGCUCGACCACCACCAUCGGUAUCACCAAACACAAACUUGCGUGAUCACCGCAACAGAGUGAGAGCAUUGCUGUCGCCUGCAAAGAACUUCAGUCCAAUGCCGCAAGAAAGCCACACUUGGAGUCCUGCUUUCACGCUCAGUGAAGAAGCAUUCGAUGUCUUCAUGGAUCUUCCCGACCACGACACCGCUGCACGCGGAUCGCCAGAGAAGCGGUCCGCAAGACGACCAUCUCUCGUCCGUGCCGCCACCAGCACCGGUGUUCUCGCAGAUAUCACU